AUGGCCCUGUCAUUGUUCCAACAAAUGCAACAGUGGUCAGCCCAGCACGAUUGGAAACAGUGCACCAACUGGCUACUAGCAAUCGGUUCCAAAGAUCUAAAAUUAGGACAAUCAAAAUAUCUCACCUUCUGGGACAUGAAUAAAGGGCAGUUAAAAGCCCUUACUACCCUUAAUGGGGGUGCGAAUUUACAUCCCCAACGAAAUGCGGUUGGUCUGUACAGUCAACUGUAA